GUAUCAGGAAAAUUUAGGAAACCAUUUUGGGAAGCUUAUCUUUAUUUUUUCUUCUUUUUCUUUUGUCAUUUUCUCAAUAGAGAUGGAGAGAAACGGCCAGUAAAUGUAGAGAAGAGAAGCAGGGGACCAGAGGAACACUUUGGUUCAAGCUUUUGCUUGAUUUCGCCAGGGAACUUUUUAGCAACUAGGGGUUAUAAUCAUGAAGCUAUACAAUGGUUUGGACGCGCAGCGUCUCAUGAAGAUGCUGAAGGACACGCUGAUGAAAGAACAGGAACAGUGGAAACCAGUGCAUUAUAAAUCAAAUACCGGGGCUUCUGAAACUGGUGGAAUACAUCGUGAUGAAGUUGUCAGCUGGUUAAUUUGUUUGAACAGACGUUUCCACUUUACUCCAGAAACUGUGGCCCUCGGUGUGGCCCUUACAGACCGCUUCCUGUCUCUGGUAAAGGUUCGUCCAAAGUACAUUCAGUGUGUGGCUAUCAGCUGUUUCUAUGUUGCUGCCAAAACAUUGGAAGAAGAUGAGGUAAUACCCAGUGCAGUGGAUCUUGUGAAGACGAGUCAGUGCGGAUGUGCCGUGUCCGACAUUCUCCGCAUGGAAAUGAUUGUACUUAACAAGUUACAAUGGAGCGUUAAAACCGUCACACAGAUAGACUUCCUUCAUAUUAUCCACUCGUUGCUGAUGUGUUACUACCCCCAGUUGCUAGAGGGCGUGGUGAACAUGACACCAUCGCGACACCUGUCAAUCCUGUCUCGGAACGUAUUCCACUGCCUGUGUAACCACAAGAUGGUCGGCUUCCGACCUAUUACUCUCACGCUGGCCAUAAUCAGUUUAGAACUUGAACAGAUUACGCAAGCAUGGCUCUCCAUUAUCAACACAGUGCAGAAGAUGGCGGAUGUGGAGAUUGACUCUCUCAUUCGUUGUCGAGAAAUUGCUGCUCAAAUCCUCAAAGACAAGAACAUGCUACCUACAGGGUACCAGUUUAAAACUAAUCCAGUCGCUACAUGUGGUACCAUAGCAAGAUCAAGAUCAUUUAAGCGAAAGGUGGACCUUGUCGAUCUUGAGGAAGAGGUUUACGAUGGAAUAAAACGUCUGUAUAAUGAGGAUCAGGGCGGUUCUGAAAUAGGACUUGACGAUGAAGCGUCGGUGUUUACAAAAGCUAAUCCUGUCCGUGCCAAUUAACUCAUAAUUUUUCAUCCGUGUAAAUGGUUUCGUCAAUACAUUUUCAUCGUACACAGCCAAAAGGUGUAAAAUUAGUGUAAUGUCAGACUAAUAUGUGUUAUUGGGACUGUCAAGUGUGUAGAUUUAGUUGUUUUCAUUCCAUAUUUGGAGAAUUAUAGAUAAUUGAAGGUAUAGAAUGUAGAGAUGUGUUUUUGAUGUUGGAAAGAUAUGUCAGAAAACCAUUUAUGCCUGAAUGUUAUUCUUUGAGAAAAUGAAUUUUCGUAAACAUACUAAAAGAUUUUGAAUUAAUAAACGUUUUAUAAUGUUUUUUUUAACUCAUUGGCUUCUUUUCUGUUCUUGGUUUUCUUUUUUGUUGAAUGUUAUGAUAGACUGUGAUAGAUUUUAUAGAUUUUGUUUUAAUAUAUUAAUUAUUGUUGGGAAGGGCAAUAAAGUUAAGUAUUGAACUGUUGAUCUUUGUGUAUGUCUUUUUACGCAUAACUUCUCUCUUAUAUCAUUUUAAUUUCUUUUAUUUCCUAACUUUCAUUUCUUAAUGGAUAGAAAAGAAGCCUUUUUGAUGUUUUAGUUAAACAGCAAAAAAAAAAAACAUAGCUGGUUUAAAAAAAAAAGUUGGGUGCUUUGCAACAUUUUAAGUAUUUAAGAAUCAUUUUGAUAAAUACAUGAAGUUGAAAUAUAUCUGCUAAAGCAUUGUGCUAAGGUAUUAUUUAAAAUGGACCUGGUAAUUUAAGUUAUUAAAUUUUUAAAGAUUGAACAGAAUUUAUAGUUGAAAAUAUAAGCACAUGGUGGAUACAGUUGCUUAGACGAAUGUAAGCUUAUUCUGAAUUUUAAAAAAUUGCAAAAUAUUUUUUAAGUUGUGUAGAACAUUUGUUUUGAAUUCAUAAUUGAUUGAUAGUAAGAGGCUGAUGCUAAAUGUUGCAGAGUGACUCUGUGGAUUUUAUAUUGGGUUAUUCUGAUUACGUCAGAUAUUAAUUUGAAUAGUGAGGGUGAAAACUGUUUUUUUUUUAAAAAAAACAAUCUUGAAAUUAUGUAACCUUCUUGUAAAUGGUUUGAAUUGGUAUUGGAUUUUGUUAGUAGUGAUAAUGGUUUGAUUGACGCAAGCUGAAGUAUAAGAGGGCGGAAACAGUUACUUUAUUUGGGGUUUAGUUGUCUCCGGGGAUGGAGAGUAAUGAUUAAUGUCGUACAUUUUGGUACAAUUUCAGAAAAAAAGCCACCAUUUUGUUGUAUUUGGUAGUUUAUAUUCUAAUGAUAAAACUUACUGAAAAUUUGGAAUUAGGCACCAUGUUUUUAAAGAAAAAAAAAAUGAUCUCCACAAAAAAUAUAAAUAUUCCAUAAAACAGGGGGCUUAAUUCCAAAGAAAAAAAGUUUAUAAAAGCAAAAUUCUGAAAAAAGAAAAAAAAAAUGUUGAAAUGCAAGAAAAAAAAAUCUCUGUAUUUUACCAUUGAUUAUAUAAAUAUAUAUAUUAUAUCAAUAACAUGUUGUAAUUAAGUGUGUAUGUUUUCAUCAUCUUUUUAACAAAGGCAAAGAAACCUUUUUUAAAGUGCUAUUCAUUUUAAAGUAGAACUGUCUGGUUCUUUAUCAUGUAUUUCACUUGAAUUAUACUUGACCUGUUUUAUUAUUAUUUCAGCAAGUAGACAAAUGAAUAAAUGCGAAAUUUCUUUUAAUAUUGUAACUUAGUAUUUUAAAACUGUGCCAAACAGAUGUACCAGAAGACCUUUUAAGGAAUUAAUCAAGAAACACAAAAGGAACAAAAGUUGCAAUCCUUUAUCUGCUAAAGUGUACAAACUGGGGAACUUUGUUAAAGUUAUAUUGUCAAUUUUCAUUGUUGUAAACUUGAACUUCACUGAACUUUGUUUAAUAUGAGACUCUGGUGCGAUGCUUGGUACAGUGGUAUUUUAAUCUCGGAACAAUAUUUAGUUUUUAUGAAAACAGAUGUAAAUUUAUUGUUGUUAUAUAUGUACAGGUAUAGUGUUUUGAAUGUACAGGUAUGUUAUGAUGUAACUUUUCAAGGGCAGAUAUAUUAACGUGAGCCUGUUACAAAUACACUAGUGUAAAUAUUUUAUCCACUGUAAAUAUCUGUACAUAAAUGUAACAAAAUACGAGUACCGGUAUUUUUUCAUGAGAUUUCAAUUUUCAUAUAAGUGAACAAGCAUUAAAAUUCAUGUGAGGUGAGAGUUUUGCAUGUUCAUAUUAAAUACCCAUUGUAAAUGCACCCAUUAUAAACUUUCUGUAAUAAAACAUUCAUUAUAAGUUGGUAUCCAUGUCUCAAAUACCAAUACAUGCUACAUUUUUUGCAUAGGUUGGUAAGCAGUUGUCAAUUUUGUACAUAUUUUGCCUUCAUUGGUAAAGAUAAUACACAAGUAACUGUAAAAGUUAGGUCUAAAGUGAUGAAGUGUCCAAGAAUAAUACUGUUCUGUAUGAACCAAAACUUGCAUAAUCUUCUUUUUUGAUAGGUAUUUCAAAAAAAGAAUCAAAACUGCAUUAAAUAGGAAGAAAGCUGAAACAACGAAUAAAUUGAGAGGAAGUUAGAAUUGUUUGAAAGAAAGUAAGAGAGAAGAGUAAACGAAAAAAGAAUUGUGAAGCUGUUAUAGCUCAGGGAUCUACUUGUAUUUUAUUCCAGUAAAAUGUUAAUCUCAACUAUAGAUCAAUAGAUGGGCAUGAUUGUACACAUAAGUUGCGCCAUGAACACCAAUUCGGCCUGAUUUUCAAUCAUUUCAGUCAGGCUAGUUGUACACACAUCAAUUCAGUUUAUCUGCGAGACGUGCUGAACAGCCCGAUUGAAACAUCAUGGUUAAUUUCAGUGUACCGAUCACAUGCAAUGGAUAUCCCUGUGUGGUAUGAAUCAAGUCCAUCUUUUAUGUCUUUUCAUUUUUUUUCUGAACAAGCUGAGAGAAAGUUAGAAAUGUUUUAUGUUACUGAUAGCACUGCUUUACAUUUUGUACUGUAUUUUUUCAGUUUUGAUUUUUAAUGUUACAAAGUUCAUAGAGUAACAGAAAAUGUACAAAUGUGUGAAAGUCUUAACGCUUGGCGAUCUUUGCAGUAAUUGAACUGAUUACUAGAAUUACUCUACAAUUAAAACUGUGUAAUUGCAACAGUGAGUUGGAGUGUGAUUUAAAGGAUUGGACAUGAGAUGACAACUGGUAGUUGCCUAGCAGUUACCUAGUUUCAUUUGCUUUAUUAGUUGUUUGCCUUUCAAGCAAAUCUGCAUACAGGGAAAAACUGUGAAAUGUAAGUUGAUGAUUGUGUUUAUAGAUAAACUAGGGUGCAUUAAACAAGAGUGUAUGUAUAUAUCCUUGCUGAACUCAGUAAUAAGCAGAUGUUUACACAGUUUUAAGCAUUCACAGCAAGACUUUCCUCAGCUGAUUUUUAUUUUUCAAUGAGAGUGAGCUCUAGUAUUUUAUUAUUGUCAAAAUUUGUUUGUGCCAUCUUAAGUUUUAACAACCGUGGUACGGUCAUUAUUGAAAAUUGUUAAGAUUUAAGUUCUAAAUUUGUUAUGUAUUUAAGUAUUGUAGAGUCAGUGUGCAAUAACAAAUAAAGUGGACCAACUGAAAAGUUGUAACUUUUUUUCUGGCAGUUAGUUUUAUGAAAUCCGAGAGUGUAUUAUAGCUAAAGUGCAAACAUGUUGAACCUUUUGAACCACUUUUAAGGUCUGGAGUUUGGAACAAAAAAAGUAAUGUUAACAAAGAACUCGAAUUUUUUCACUGGAUUUAAAUGGUUUAUUUUCUUAUUGUAUUUGGAUAUAUAUGGUAAAUAAGAUUGUAGUUAAUAUAAAAAAUGAAGAAAGACUAUUUUGUAUGUGCUUAGCUGUUUGUUGUACGUGGGCAUUAAAUAGCAUCUAAAAUGUGUUGGUCUUGCAAGCUUCCAAUUUGUAGCUUAUUGUAUGCCUUUUUGUAAAAGUGUUUUGUGGGUGAAGAUUUUCUUUAAUAUGUACAAGGUUAAAAUCGCAGGGGAAACAUGUAGUAGUUUGACUUAAAUGAUAAAUAUACACAAUCUAAAAAUAGUAUGUUUGAGAUGUUCUUGGGAAAGUGAACAUCAGUUUUUUUAAAUGUUCACCCUGUUAAUGCAAAAAUCUUUAUUCUGCUGAUAUUAGUACAAUUCUAAUGUUUUCUUGCACUGACAGGAUAUCAUGUUAAAUAUAUAUGCUGUGCUGGUGUUUGUGCACUAACAGGAUGUAGGGUAGCAAUAAUUCACUUGGAAACUUGAUGGCUCAAAUGGUUUGUCUGCAGUUUUAGUGUGUGUAUUGAAAUGGUAGUUAAAAUCAAGGAAAAAAUGUCAAAAGGCUAUUGUUAAUUGGUAAUAUCGAGAUAUGUACAUGUAUAUCUGGUCAGUGUGCACUAGUUGAAUUUUAUGAAACAUGUGGAGAGCUUAAAACAAAACUGGUGUAUCUAUAUUUGGGAUAAUUGAUGUAGAUACAAGCGUUUAUCAUUCCAACAUGAUGUCAAUUAUGUCACGAAUGACCCCUGUUUAAUAUGUCUAACAGAAGCGUAAUCAAAGUAAAAAAAAUGAUGAGAUUCUAUUACUUUUAUGACAGUUCUAUUAAUAGUAUAAUUGUGCUAUUAAUAGAAUAAACUGUUUAUAAUGUAAAGAAUAUUACUGUUUAUAUGGUGUUUUUGCAUUUAAUUAAUGUUACACGAGAGAACAGACAUUUUCUGAAAUGUGUGUAAGCUGAUUAUUUAGAUCUGAUUCUGAGUAUUAUGAAAGCAUUCCAAAUAAUGAUAAAAUGAAAGUUGCAUCCUCCGUAAAACAACACUAUUUGGAAGAUAAAAAAAUAAAUUUAUUUUUUUAUUAGUAAGUCAAGAAAUUAUGCCAGGUGGAAAGAAUUAUCUGCCUUGCUAAGGAGGUCUUUUUUAGCUAGAGGUGAUUGACCUAGGACCAUCUUGGCCCUCUUGUUUUAGCUAGAGUUGUUGUUAGCAAAGGGUACUCUGUUUUUAAUCACCUGUUAGAUAUUUGUUAAAUUUAAUUAUAUUUGACUUCUACAAUGAUAUAAAAGGUUAAAUCUAAUUAACACCAGUCAUAUAGAUAUUAUGUCAGCAUUUGUUAGCAUGUUAAAGAUUUUAUUUAACUUGGAAAUAAAAUGUAACCCAAAGUAGAUUAUUUAGUGGUAUAUUGUAUGUCACAGUAGUUUUCAUUUAUUUAGCAAAGCCAUUGUCUUGCUCUUCACUGCUGAAGGCAGGGCAUUGAAGUAAAUAUUGUUUUGUUGGAGAUAUUUAGCAGUAGAAUAUGUAUGUAAAAGGAUUACAUUAUAAUACAUUUAAGUUGUUAACGAUUCUUUUUGAAAUGUUAUACAUCCUAUUUUACCAUUGUCAAAAUAAAUAUUUUUUAUUUGGUGGCAAA